CGUACAUACACAUACACAUACGCACAUACACGUACACAUACACAUACACACAUACAUACAUACAGAUACAUACAUACAUCACCAUGGUCGUUUACAAGCGCUGCCAACAGUUACUACUACCACUACCAGUAUUGCCAUCGGCAUCAAAAGAACUACAAAAACAAUGACGAGCUGCCCGGCUGUCCUGUGAUCAAAAAGUGGACCACUCACUCAUCAGUCAUAGACAUACACAUACAUACAUACAUACACACACACAUACAUCAUACACACACACAUACACAUACAUAUACACAUACAUACACACACACAUACACAUACACACAGACAGAUGUGCAUACACAGAUACAUAACAUAAAUAUAUGCCUACACAACGAUUGGUUUUAA